UUUAUUUCAAUUUCUUUUCAUAUGGUUCUUUGUAAAAUGGUUCUACUUUACUAGAAUUUGUAAGUGAAUGUUUAAAUUAUUAAUUGUUUACUGUAAAUUCAAUGUUUCUCAUUGAAGUUUGGUUAGCUUAUUAUAUCAUUUUUUGUAUAAAUGCUUUCAGUGUAAAGCAGACCCUGUCACAUUUAGAUGUACAUAGUGAAAAUCAUAAAGUUUUAUGGGAAACUGAAGGAUCUUAUGCAGAAGUGCCUUUCAUAGUUUUAGCACAGAAAGUUUUAGAUUGUUCACAUGGUACAGAUCGCAAUAAUGCAAGAAAAAAAACAUACAAGGAUAAAACAAAAGCAAAGAAAACUGAACACUCUGAACACUCUAAUGUCAAAAAAGUUAUUUUAGUGUGCAAGACACAAAAAAAUUCCAAUGUCCAGCACAAGUUUCUAUGAAGGAAAUUAUAUAUUUCAAAGAUUAUAAGCUUACAGAACCCACAGAAUGGAAAAAGAGAAUUACCUCUUUGCAAAUAAGAAAUUUGUUAAAAGUAAAAGGUGAUAUUGGUAUGACUAAGAAGAAAAUUAUGCUUAUUGUAGAUGACAUUUCAGAACAUAGAAACCAUGCGGUUGGAGAAUAGUCAAAACAAAUGUUGACUACUAAAUAGUUGGGUGCUUUAUCACUGAGAACGAAACAAAACGAGCAAUAUGUGAAGCUUUGCGUGUUUUCAAAAGAAGGAAUGUGAAACUUUCUCCAUCUUUUUGCAUGACGGAUUACUGCAAUGAGGAAAUUGAUGCUUUAGAAGAAAUUUUUCCUGGUUGUAAAGUUUUGAUUUGCGACUUCCAUCGUGAACAGGCCUGGGAGCGUUGGAUAGUAAAAGUAUCAAACGGUUGUGCUGAUCAAAAAGCAGAUAUCCUCCAAAAGCUAAGAAAGAUUUCUCAUUCAACAAAUGUUGAUGCAAUGGAGUUAGCUAUUCUGGAUUUAAAACAGUCUGAAUAUUGGAGUAAUGAAAGAUUUUCAAAGUUGAAAAAGUAUAUAGAGACUUAUUGGUUAACAAUUAUUGAGGUAUUAUAUCAUUAAAUAUUUUAAUUAAAAAUAGAUUCUUCCUGAAAUUUAUGUCCAAAAAUGAAGCAGGAAAUUAUUCUGUUAUUCUGUAGCAUAAUAAAAAGCUAUAUAAUUUAUUUUGCAUUUUACACUUUUUAGCGUUGGGUUUGAGCAUACCGUCAAAACAGUCUACUAGUGAAUUUAAACACAAAUAAUGGAGUCGAAAGACAAAAUAAAUCAUUUAAAUAUUCUUAUCUCCAACAAUUUAAUAGUUCUUCAUUAACUGGAAUGCUAACUAUCUUAAUUGAAGAGUUUUUUCUAGAUAAAUACCAAAGGUUUUUUGAUGUCACAUUGUGCAACAAAUUGUUUUAAGUUUUAUUAUUUAUUCCUUUGCUCUUUUUUUUUUUAGCUAUAUUAAAAAAACUUAAAAAUGGAUUAUAGAUAUCGUUGUUAUGCAAAGAUAAUACCAAGUUUCCUAAUAAAUCGACCUCGUGAAAUGGUUACACAUUGCCUUAAAAAAAUCUGUCUUGCUGAAAGCUUUGAUUUAGGUAAGGUAUCAAUGAUAAAUCAUGGUAUAUUCUCCAUUAAAGGUGUUACAGUAAACUACCAAAUUGAUUUUGGAAAUGAUAGUAAUAUGCCAAACUGCACAUGCUCUUCAUGGCGUUUAUCUUGUUAUCCAUGCAAGCAUUUUUUUGCAAUUUUUAGAAAGUUCCCACUCUGGCAAUGGGAUGCAUUACCACUAAUAUAUUGCAAUUCACCAUUCCUAACAUUAGACAAUGAAGAAAUUCAUUUUCAAAAUGAGGAAGUUACAUCUAAAAAAGACAAAUGUGACACUAAUUUUACCAAUUCUAAAAAGCUAGUAGAAUCAGAAGAAAUAAAUGAAGAAAACAUUUGUAGUAAUAGUUUAAAUAAAGAAAGCGUUUCUGCUGGGAACUGUAGAGAGCUACUUAAUGUAAUUAAAAUUUGCCAAAAAGGGGUAAAAAAAAUGUUUUAUUCAAGUCGUUGUGGAAUAGCUAAGGACAAAAAAAAAGCUGGAGAAAAGAUAAAAAUUACAACAUUAGACUGUCCUGUUGUCAAUGUUGAAGAGGAAGUUAUCAUAGAAGACAUGGAUCUAGAUGGUCUGACUUCAUUUAAUUGUAAUGUACCAAAUAAACAUUUAACGCCAAAAGAAGAGUUUGAGAAAAUGAUUGCAAUAAAAGACAACAGCCAAGAACUAUAUGUUUUGAACCUUUGUUGUCCUAUCACCAGACAAGACAUAAGCACAAUUUGUAAUAAUGAAAUGCUAACGGACAACAUAAUUAAUGCUGCACAAAAAAUGUUGUUACAACAAUACCCAAAUACUAAAGGUCUGCAAGAUCCUAUUCUUGGACAAAACCUAAGUUUUGCAAUUUUAAAAAAUGAAGAGUUUGUCCAAGUGUUACAUGAUGGGUGUGCUCAUUGGUUUGUGAUCAGUACUGUAAGGUGUGAACCAGGGCAUGUCUUUGUUAUGGAUAGUCAUUUUACAGGUAAACUUAGCCAUGCCACUAUGAGACAGAUAUGUUCCAUAAUUCAUUGCCAAUUAGACAAAAUAAAAGUUACAAUUUUGCCCGUUCAACAGCAAACAAAUGGUAUUGACUGCGGAAUAUAUAGGAACCCUGACGGAACCCUAACCCUGACUUUACAGUACCUGUUAUAUUUUAAGGACUAUCCGACGAAAAUAAAUUUUGAUGAAACAAAGCUUAGAAAGGAGCUGCUUAACUCUUUCCAAAGCAACUUUUUAAGUUUAUUUUCAACUACUGAAAAGACUGCCAAACGGAAUGUACAAAAGGAAAUAAGUUUAGAUAUAUACUGCACUUGCAGAAUGAUUUGGGUUCCAUCUGAUAAAAACAUCUUUGGAAAACACAUGGUUGAAUGCUCAGGUUGUUUGCAGUGGUUUCACAGAAUGUGUGAAAGAAUUUCCGACGAUGUUCUUAAUAAUAAUGAUAUAAACUGGUAUUGCUCCAUGUGUGAAAAGAUAACAAAUACAAAUUGAAACUUCUCUAUUCCUUUUUUUUAUAACCCAUACUUUAAAAAAUUAUUUUCUUUCUGAUACUUACCCUUUAUAUCAUUAAGGAACAUCUAUUGGUAGUAAGCGAAUAAUAAUGAUAUAAUGAUGAUAAUGAUGAUAUUGAUGAUGAUGAGGAUGAUGUUGAUGAUGAUG